AUGUAUCGACAGGUAUUAAUACACAAAGAAGAUCGCGAUUAUCAACGCAUAUUGUGGAGAUCUGAUCAAAAUGAUGAAAUAAAAAUGUAUAAGUUGUGUACUGUAACAUACGGUUUAGCACCUGCAGGAUUUUUGGCAGUAAGUUGUGUUAACCGCGUUGCUGAGGACGCCGUCAACGUAAAAUUAAAAGAAAUUAUAAAAAACGAUUUCUGUGUAGACGAUUGUCUUACCGGAGCCGAUACGUUAACGGAAGCAAUACAAUUACGUAGUGAACUGAUUUCAACUAUGCAUAAGGCAGGAUUUGAAUUAUCUAAAUGGACAGCAAAUCAUAAAAACCUAAUCCCGGACACAAAUGAAAACGAAGCAUCGUCAGUAUCAAUGGAUAAGGAAAGUGUGAAGACCUUGGGUUUGUAUUGGGAACCAAACAGUGAUCAUUACACUUACGUUGUUCAACCACCGAAAAUAAACAUUGAGGUAACCAAAAGAGAUGUUAUUGCUGGACUAGCAACAUUAUUCGACCCAUUAGGUCUAGUAGGUCCAGUAAUAUUAGUGGGCAAAAAAUUACUACAAGAUUUAUGGCGUGAGAAAAUUGAAUGGGAUAGUCAAAUUCCACCACACAUGCAAUCGGUGUGGAACGGGUAUAUCGAUUGUUUAAAUGAAUUAAAUACUUUUAAUAUACCACGUUGGCUUGGAUCCAAUAAUGAUAAACAAAUUGAGAUACACGGGUUCGCAGAUGCGUCCAUGAAGGCGUAUGGCGCCUGUAUAUACAUGCGUACGUCAGAUAAGGACGGUAAUAUUACAUGUCAAUUAGUGUGUGCCAAAUCUCGUAUUACGCCAAUAAAGGUAAUUUCUAUUCCUAGAUUAGAGCUAUGCGCGGCGCUACUUUUAUCACGUCUAAUGUCCACAGUUAUACCAGCACUUAAUAUAAGUGUGUCAAAAAGAUAUUUUUGGACAGAUUCCACUGUCACCUUAGCUUGGUUAGCUGCAGAUUCAGGCAGGUGGAAAACAUUCGUUGCGAAUCGUGUCAGUGAAAUCCAAACAUUAACUAAUAGUUUGGAGUGGGGACAUGUGAAAUCGAACGACAAUCCAGCUGAUGUAUUGUCACGAGGGUGUACGCCGAACGAAUUAAAAAUCAAUACGCUUUGGUGGCAUGGUCCGGUAUGGUUAAAAAAUAAUGAAUUUAAACAUUCAACAGCAUAUAUAGAAGGUUCCGCACAUAUAAAUGAUAUCAAAAAUGAAGAAAAGAUUACGCCUAUUAUAGUGUGUACUACAAAGGUGGGCGCGUCGUUUGACAUUGAUAAGUACUCGACGCUGAACAAAUUAUCGCACGUCGUUGCGUACUUAUUACGAUACAAAAACAACUCAUUAUCAAAACGUAAUAAUAUUCCGCGAAUUACCGGCCCGCUUAAUACAGACGAGGUAUUAACUGCAAUAAAAUCAAUAAUUAAACUAUUACAGGGCACAUAUUUUUCCUCGGAAAUUAAAGAUUUAAAAAGCAAACACUAUGUGUCGUUGAGUAGUAAUAUAUAUAAAUUAAACCCGUUCAUAGACGAUGAUGGAAUCGUGCGCGUGGGCGGUAGACUAACCAACGCGACACUUAUUGAUACAGAUCAACGAUUUCCAAUUAUUAUACCUAAGGAGACAAACUUUUCGAAAUUAAUUAUGUUACGCGAACACGAAAGGUUAAUGCACGCUGGUCCUCAUGCUACACUUGCAACGGUGCGAUUAAAAUAUUGGCCACUCAAUGGGCGGAGAUGUGCGCGAAAAGUCGUACAUCAAUGCGUAAAAUGUUUUAGAGCACGACCGAAAAAUGUGUCACCUUUAAUGGGUAAUUUACCCAAAUUUCGAGUCGAUCGGGCGAGUAGAUGUUUCGAAAAUUGUGGGGUAGAUUACGCAGGACCGUUUCUAUUGAAAUGCAGUAAUCGACGAAAUGCCGCAGCUCAAAAAGCAUAUAUAUGCGUGUUCGUAUGUUUCGCGACGAAGGCUGUACAUUUAGAACUAGUGUGUGAUUUAAGCACAGAUGCAUUUAUCGCUGCUUUAAAAAGAUUCAUAUCCCGCCGAGGUUUAUGUAAAAAUAUAUAUUCCGAUAACGCCACUUGCUUCGUAGGUGCGAACAAUAAAUUUAACGAAUUAAAACAAUUAAUGUCGGUGGAAGACCACAAAAUACGGAUUAAUCAAUUUAUGACCAAUAAUGAAAUGACAUGGCAUUUCAUUCCUCCACGGGCCCCUCAUUUCGGCGGACUGUGGGAGGCGGCGGUUCACAGCAUUAAAAAACAUUUAAAUCGCAGUAUAGGAUCCGUAAAAAUGACCUACGAUGAGUUCUAUACGCUAAUAGUACAGAUUGAAGCGUGUCUAAAUUCACGACCACUUACCCCGUUAUCUACUGAUCCUUUUGAUUUAUCCGUCCUUACUCCUGGCCAUUUUUUAAUAGGAGACUCACUCUCAGCGUUGCCGGAACAAGAAAUAAAUAACUUAACCAAUAAUUUGUUGUCACGGUGGCAAAAGGUACAACACAUUACGCAUCAAAUUUGGAGACGUUGGAGCUUAGAGUAUCUAAGUCAACUCCAGGAACGUUCCAAAUGGAAUAAGCCAGAUAAUUCCGUUUUAAAAAUUGGUUCCAUGGUUUUGAUAAAAGACCAAAAUUUGCCCCCGUUACAAUGGCACCUGGGACGCGUGAGCGAAGUAUUUCCGGGCAGUGACGGCGUCGUACGAGUCGCAACGGUCAAUACUCCAAGUGGGCUGAGGAAGAGAGCGAGACCGUGA